AGGAUUGCAGGUGUACCUAUCGGGAAUGGUGAUAUUACUCUGAAGAGUUGGCUGCAGAAUCUUCUCUCCGGGCCGGACAAGGAAACAAGUUGUAAGGUGGCAAUGGCGUUAUGGGGUGUUUGGAAUAGGAGGAACUCGUUUGUGUGGAAUGAUGACUGGCAGCAAACUGCCGGGCUGCUUAACGGUUGUGCAAGUGUUCUACGCGCAUGGCGCGAUGCACAGCAGCAGGUUGCGGGAGUUGGGAGCAGCAGCGGAGGUUCUAGCAGCGCGGGAUGGGUCAAACCGCGAUCAGGGAGGAUUAAGGUGAACGUGGACGCUGCACUAGAUUUGACAAAGGACAUUCGAGCUUGGAGUUGGGUGGCAAGGAAUGAUCAAGGAGAGUUUAUCAAGGCAGGGGGAGGUUCGCGCGAAGCACACUGGUCUCCGGAAGAGGCUGAAGCCUAUGGUCUUCGUGAGGCCAUCAGAACAGCUAUUAAGGAAGGUUGGGACCUUGUUGAUUUUGAAUCUGAUGCUCAGGUGGUGGUACGGGGACUUGGCAAGAGAGGAGGAUUGGCAUAUAUGGAUCUUAUACUUGAUGAUAUCCACUUCUUGAUACACACAAAGAGGUCUUUUAGUAUCUCUUAUUGCAAAAGGUCCGCGAAUCGUGUGGCUCAUGCCUUGGCGAGAUCACAUGUUAGCAUCUCAGAUCAUAGUUUUAGUUAUGAGAGUAUUCCCAGAAGUAUUGUAAGCCUGAUGGCAAAUGAUCUUUUAUUAAUAUAAUGAUGACG